CGUCGACGACGGACGACGCGUCUCUCUCUCUCCUCGUUGCGUCCGAUCGCCCGAAAGUAUAUAUCAUUGUCACUUGUCAGCCGCGAGAUUAUACAGAGAGAGAGAGAGCGAGUCGGUGUGCAGAGCCAUUCGAGCUUGCAAGUGCAAUAUACCUCCGGGCGCGCAAGUGUCUAUAUGUGUCUGUGUGUAUAUAACGCUUGUCGUCGCCACUUUCGAGUGAUGUACGGUUGACACUUUUUGGCUUUUUAAUUGUUUUGCUUUUUUCCUUUCGUUCGUUCUCUCUCGCGCUCUCGGCUCUGAGAGAUUCUAUAAUUGGUGAUGGAACAGGUGCACAGUGUUUAACAAUAUUGUGAACGGAAUAUUCAUAAAAUAAUUACAAUUAUUCCCAAAGUUGGCGCCGGUCCGGCACGAUUGUCCGCUCGAGGGGGCCAUACAGCGCGAUCCUGCGUCAGCGAGAAAACGUUGGACGUUUAAAAAGUUUACAACGUCGCGCAGCGCGCACAGCAGGUGCAGAAUCGAGUGUUGUCGCGCGAAUCGUCAUGCGGUCGCUGAUCGAAAACGACGACUUUAAAUCAAUACUCGACGAGUCCGCAGCCAGCGUAACGAAUGAAUCACCGUACGAAGAGAGGUCAGCAGCAGCAGCAAAAGCAGCAGCAAAAGCAUCGCCAGCAGCACUACUCGGCAGUGUCCAAGUUGCCGUGGGCUCGUCGCGUAAAAAUGUCGAGGAAAAAAUUUAAUAAAAACAGAUAAAAGCAGCAGCGCAGCAUAAUCGGAUCAUCUCUCUCGCGGAGCGUCGGCUGCUUCGAGCAGCAGCAGCAGCAGCGGCGGCAGCAGCAGAAGUGCCUGGCAGUGUACUUAAUAUCAGAGCAAGAGAUAUGAACUCGUCUUACGUGCUGGGUGAGGACGAGGACUGGGGCAGACGUUACUACUUCACGUAUUACAGCGAGUUCGGCGAUCGCAACGGGGCCAGCGGCGUCGAGGUACUGGUGCUGGGCGUGUGCUUCGUCGUGGCGGUGAUCGCGAAUCUCGGCAUAGCGGCGUGCGCCCUGCGCUAUCGCGAGAUGCGCACACCGACGAAUCUCUGCCUGGUGAAUCUCGCGGCGGCGGAUCUGCUCUUCGCUCUGGGGGUGCCCGCGGUCGCUUACACGAGGCUCACCCAAUCCUGGCGCCUCGGCGAGCUCGUCUGCAGACUCCUACCCUACUCGCAGUUCGUGUGCGGCUUCGUGCUGCUCUGGACGCUGACGCUAAUCUCGAUGGACCGUCAUCGCUGCCUGGCCGUGGCGCCGUAUCGCAGUGCCCUCACCAGGAAGCGCGUCGUCCUGGCCAGCUUCCUCACUUGGUUCAUCGCAGCGAUGCUCUUUCUGCCCGCGGCCUUCUGGUUCAGGCCAAUGGAAGUGUCGAGCGGCCAAACCAUCUGCACUUUAGUUUUUCCGCGCAGUGAGAUACUGAAUAUCUCGCUCUUCUUCAUCCUGCCAAUUAUCAUCGGUGCUUGUCUCUUGCCCAUGACGCUGCUCGUUUAUCAUUAUCAAAGGAUAUUUCAGCGCAUACUCGACACGCGCAAUCGAUGGGCCGUCCCUUGCGUCGCUCAGGGACUGGAGCCCGAAACGGCCGGAGGCAGGCGACGCGAUUCCGAGCUGUCAGUCGUCAUGGGAACGCUCGUGCCAUCCUGGGCAGGAAGGAAAUUAUCGUCCGCGUCCAUGCAGGGCAGCUGUCCUACGACCAACAUCGGCAGCGGCGGCGGUCUGCAACAGCCCGCUGGCCGACAAGUGCGAGCCAGCAGCCUCUCGCAGACCGAGGAGAUUCGUUUGCACAAACAUUUGCGAGUCGUGCGAAUAUUGCUGCUCAAUGUGGCGGCUGUGCUCGCCAUGUGGCUGCCCAUUACCAUACUCAUGAUACUGAUUUACGUCGACGGCAGGCGACCCAUCGAGGACGUCGAUUUUUUCCUCAGAUCUCAUCACUUUAUCUGGGCACUGGUGACGGCCCAGUUCAACACGGUGGUCAAUCCGCUGCUGUACGGCGUGCUCUCGGAAAACUUCCGGGCCUGCUUCGCCAAGCUGUGGCGCGGUCGGGGCGAGCCUGGCCGGACCUUGCAGGGCCAGCAGGCGACCAAGAACGGCGCCAACAACAACCCCACGAGUGCGACCGAUCGGACGAGCGGUGGCGGCGGCGCCGGCGGUGGAGCGACCUCGAGGACCAGCAGCAAGACGCUGGGUGGCAUUCAGGACAGGCUCGGCGCCGCGGGCCCCGCCAAGAGCGGCAGCUUCCGCAGCAAGAGCAGCGGCAAGAACGGCAAGCUCGGCAUCGGCAGCAUAAUCGAGCUGCCGGCCAGUGAAAAGUCCUAGUGCUACGACGAGAGGGACGAGGACGACGAUCUGAUUCGGCCGGCCGAGCAGAGCGACUGAUCCUUGCGCGCCCCCCCGAACUCUCAUUGACAUUUUCGAUCGGCUUUUAGACCAUCAUUUUUAAGGUGUCGUGUUUUUACCGUUUCGACCAUUAUACCAUACGUUCGUUUCUCACGUGCGUCUCGAUGCAUUAUUUAUAAAUGUAAGUGUUAAUUUUAAACUCGGCUUCGUUGAUGCUGCACCCGUGAAAACUGCAAUAAGUUGAUACAAUUUUCUUGCAUUAGUCUGGGUAAAUCGUAUAGAAUGUACGAUAAUUUUCUUUUUCUUGUGAAUGAUGCACAAGACGUUAAGAUUUCAGAGAUUUUUUAAUGAUAAAAUAAAACAACGAGGCCUUUAAAAUAUGUUAUUCACUUGAUAAAUGUCUAUCGAUCGUUUCUUAUAGUAUUACAGAUUUAUGUAAGAGGCAAGAAAUUGACUCAUCUUUUCUUUUCAUUUUCGUGUCUCUCGAUUCUAAGUGUAUAUAUAUACUACAUUACCAAUGAAUCAUAAUUAUUUUAGGAUCCUGUGUAAAGUAGAUGUGGACAUUAGAUAUUUUUAAUAAAUUCAAUAUUUAUUUUUCUACUACCGAUGAACAAUUGAAUUAUUACAAUUGAAAGUCGAAAAUCAUAAUACUCGAGAUGAAGAAAAAUCCAUCGAUUGAACGAGCUUACACGAUUCAACAAUCUUGAAUAAAUUGUACAAUACUAUUUUUCAAGUAUAUAGAUGUAUUUUCACUGUCUCUUUCUGGAUUACGCUCGUAAUAAUGAUAAUGUAUGCGAAUGUAAGAAACAUAAUUACAAGUAACAUUUCAACAUAAUUACGUAUAGAAAAUAAAACAAACUUUUUGUAAAGUUAAAUAAUUUAUUGUUAUCGAUCGAAUUAGUGUUAAAUUUUAAGACCUAUGAAUUAGAAGAUUAUCCUAGCUUAUUCCGUGCGAAUGAACUUUCAUUUGAAAGUAACAGCAAUAAAAAUAUUCCUUGUACACAAUCGUUUUGUAAAAAACAGAAUGUUGCUUCAUGGAGUGAAUAUAUAUAAUAUGUAUAUUAUCUUUCAAAAUGUGAACUCCGGUACCUAAUGUACUUCAACAUCUAAACUCUUCUUCUACUUUAAUGUCAAUCAGGUUGUAAAAAAAUGAAAAAAUAUAUCGUCGCAGUUUUCAUAAAAUGAGUAUAUUUGCAUCCAAACAUUUAUUAUUAAACUAAAUAUUUGUUUUUUUUCAGUAAAGAUAAUGGGUAUUUAUCUAUACCUAGAUAUAUCUGUAGUUAUUUCAGUUAUCUUAGAUGAGACGAGUACAUUGAUUACGAUUACAUUAUUAAGAAAAAUUUUUAUUAACUCAUUUAUAAUAAAACUUUUCCAAAAAAUGAAAUUGUUUUAAAAAAUAAAACAAUACACGUAGAAUAGCAUAGAAUAGCACAACUAAUUUUCUGCCGAAGUAUCCACUUUAGUGCGUAAUAGAUAUCAAAACUCACGAAAUGAUGUUAUAUAAUACGUGUUUACGAUACUGAAAAAUUAAUGAAACGAGUCUCGUAUAAUCGUGAUCUAUUCCCCUAUAAAAAAAAUUUGCUAUUCAAAAGUUUCUGAUUGCUAAGAGAGCUCUACUCGCGCAAUGAACUUGAUUUAAUCAAAUAGCGAGAGAGAAAAAUACACGAGGGUACGGCAAGACAUUAAUGUUGAAAUUUAUGUAACGUCGCAAGGGCAGGUAAAGAAAAGCGACAUGCAGACUAGCGACUGAACUCGGUGAGCUGAAGUUAUCACCGCUCCCGAGAUCUUGUCGAAAUUGGCCGAGCAAACGAGAUUCGAUGGAGUUUGACGAGGGGUGGGACAUAACAAGGGUAGUUCGUUAUACAUGUAUAAUAAUCGUAAAUAUUUCAUACCUUUAUCUUCAAAUGUUUUACUUCUCAGGAUUUAUACUCUGAAAUAUACUCAGUUGGUAAUGAUUCACAAAUCAAUGUAUCAAUUAAAAUGGACAAAAAAAAAUUAUUUUCAUUUUC